AUGCCAUCAUUUCAUUAUGGUACACAUUAUUCAACAGGUGCAUUUACACUUGAUUGGCUUAUUCGACUUGAACCAUUCACAACAUUUUAUUUAAGUUUACAAGAAGGAAAAUUUGUUCAUGCUAGUCGAUUAUUUCAUUCAAUACCAUUAUCAUGGCAAAAUUGUCAACGUGAUUCAUCUGAUGUUAAAGAAUUAAUUUCUGAAUUUUUUUCUCUACGAUCUGAAGCUGUUCGUGCUGUUAAUCUUGAUUCAAUAACAACUCCAACAGAUCGUGCUGCUAUGGAAACACAAAUAAGAAAUUUUGGUCAAGCACCAGCACAACUUUUAACUGAACCACAUCCACCAAGAAAUUCAGCCAUGAAUUUAACUCCAAUGAUGUAUAAUGUUACACCAGAAGAUGUAUCAAUGAUAAUGAAAUUUUCAUUAAAUGCACCUAUUAUUCAUGUUUCUGCUAAUACAAAUCCAACACUUUCCAUACAAGCUAUUAUUACAAUUAUAUCAAAUAUAAAUUUAAAUCGUCGUCAUUUGGAUGAUAAUUUUGAUGAACGUAUUCAACAACGACAUCAAAGUUUUGUUGUUACUGCUGAUAAUUGUUAUAUAAUAUCAACUGUACUCUAUGGUCAUUUUGAUAUUGUUACAUGUGUAUGUCGUUCAGAAGUAACUAUUGCUGGAAAUUGUUUUCUUGCAACUGGUUCACGUGAUUGUACAGUUUGUAUUUGGAUAUGGAAUGGUACAAUAGGUGCAAUAGUUGAUCGUGAAUAUCCAAAUCAAGAAAUCAAUCCAUCACCAGCAGAAAUUUUAACUGGUCAUGAUAGAGAAAUAACAUGUUUAUGGAUAUUAGCUGAACUUGGUAUUGUUUUAAGUGGUAGUGAACAAAGUCUUGUACUUCAACAUACACUUAAUGGUGAUAUAUUACGUUCAUUUGAAAAUCCAUCAAAAAUAUCUACACCACGUCUAUUAUCACUAUCAAAUGAUGGUGAUAUUAUUGUUUGUUAUGAUCGUUCAAAAUUAUGUUUAUAUAUAUUAAAUGGAAAAUUAAUGAGACAAGCAAUAUUUGAAGAUGAAACUAUUCAAUGUAUGGUUUUAAAUAUUGAUAGUCAAUAUACAGUUAUUGGUGGUGAUCGAGGUUUUGUACAAAUCAUUCGAACACAUGAUUUACAACCUGUUUAUGCUUAUCCACAAUGUGAUGCUAGUAUUCGUUCAUUAGCAAUAACUCAUGAUCAAAAUGGUGCUGGUUUUAUUGGUAGUCAUUGUGUUAUGGAAUUGAUUAGAGCUGGUUAUGCACCAAUUGUAGUAGAUAAUGAACAUAAUUCAUCAGCAGAAUGUUUAAAACGUGUUGAACAAAUUACUAGAUGUCAAAUAAUUAAUUAUAAAAUUGAUUGUCUUGAUAUUGAAAAUUUACGAAAUAUUUUUAAAAAAUAUUUAAUUUAUGCAAUAAUUAGUUGUGCUGCACUUAAAGCAGUUGGUGAAUCAGUACAAAAACCAAUUUUAUAUUAUAAAAAUAAUAUUGGUUGUUUACUUAAUUUACUUACAUGUAUGGAAGAAUUUAAUGUUAACAAUUUUCUUUUUUCAUCAUCAGCUACUGUCUAUGGUACACCUAAAUAUUUACCACUUGAUGAAAAACAUCCAUGUAUUGGUGAUGCUAUUACUAAUCCAUAUGGUAAAAGUAAAUAUAUAUGUGAACAUAUUCUUAAAGAUACAAUAGUUGCUCAUCCUGAAUGGAAUAUCAUUCUUUUACGUUAUUUUAAUCCUGUUGGUGCUCAUAAAACAGGUUUAAUUGGUGAAGAUCCUAUUGGUAAACCAAAUAAUCUUAUGCCAUACAUUGCACACGUAGGUGUUGGUCGUUUAUCAUAUGUUAAUAUUUUUGGUACUGAUUAUGAUACUUCAGAUGGUACAGGUGUUCGAGAUUAUAUACAUGUUGUUGAUAUUUAUAAUCUUGGUACUGGUAAAGGUUAUUCUGUAUUAGAAAUGAUUAAAACAUUAGAAAAAGCAUCAGGCAAAACAAUGUCUUAUAAAGAAUGUUCUCGACGUCCAGGUGAUCUUGCAACUAUGAGUAAUAUUUGCAUUCAAGAGCCAGCUACUCGUGGCAAAGUUGUUUUAGAUACAACUGUUGGUGAUAUUGAAAUUGAACUUUUCUCUAAAGAAUGUCCAUUAACAUGUCGAAAUUUUGUUCAAUUAUGUAUGGAUGGUUAUUAUGAUGGUACAGUUUUUCAUCGAGUUGUACCAAAUUUUAUUGCACAAGGUGGUGAUCCAACUGGAACAGGUGAAGGAGGUGAAUCAGCAACUGGUGAAUUCUUUGCAGAUGAAUUUCAUACACGUUUACGUUUUAAUCGUCGUGGUCUUGUUGGUAUGGUUAAUCAAGGACCAAAUACUAAUGCUAGUCAAUUCUUUUUUACUUUGGGUAGUACUCCAGAACUUGAUAAAAAGAAUACAUUAUUUGGCGAAGUUGUUGGUAAUACAUUAUUUAAUAUGUUGAAAUUAGGUGAAGGAGAAAUUAUUGGUGAAAUACCAAUUAUAUCAAAUUCAUUUGAUAAUAUAGUAUCUCGACUUCGAGCUAAAUCACAAAUAAUUGAUGAUGAUAAUGAUGAAAUAAAUAAAAAAUCGAAAGAAACUGUACAAGCUAAAGCAAUCAAAAAUUAUGGUCUUCUUUCAUUUGGAAAUGAAGCUGAAGAAGAAAUAACAAAAAUUUCAAUGACAUUCAAACAAAAAGGAACGGGAAAAAGUGCACAUGAUUUAACUAAUGAUUCAACAUUAAGUAAAAAUACAGCUGAAUUAAAUGAAAAUAAUGAAGAAUUACCAAUAGAAAAACAAAAUUUUAAAAUAAAAGAAAAAACAAGAAAAGAAAAAAAAACACUUCAACUUGGUAUUGAUGAUGAUGAUGAUGAUAAUCAAAAAGAUAUUUCACCAACAAAAUCAAAUGAAAAUGUUAAACUUGAAAUUGAACGAUUAAAAAAAGAAUUAAAACAAACAAAAAAGUCAUCAUCAGCAACCACACCCAAAUCAUCAGAAAAUGUCGUUCAAACACUUGAUUUAUUAGAAAGAUUUCGUGUAAAAGUUCAUACUGCUAACGAUGAACAAACUAGUGAACCUUUAAAUGUAACACAAUCAGAACAAAUAGCUGAUAAAGUUCAAACACCAUUUUUAAAACAUACUUUUGUAUCUCAAGAAUUAUUAGAUAAUGUUCAAGAUAUUUAUACAAAUGCUGAAUUAUUAACUGUUUAUGAUCCAAGAAAUUCAAUGACUAAACGACGACGAGAUGAAAGUAGUAUGUUACUUCAUCAAAAAAAAACAUAA